AGAGUGAUGACCAUUCCGACUCCUACCAUUAAAGGGAAAAGGUACACCUUGCAUACGCGGCAUGGGCCGCAGCGGCUGAAAUUUCGAUAUCGAUUUUAGGAUUAAGCUUGAGUGAUACGUGAUACAUGCAUGAUAUAGUUGAGGUAAGAUUUUUUGUGUGUCCUCGUGAAAUAACCUCUACUAGAUUGUUCGAUGGGUGUACUUCGUAAUAGAUCAACAAAUGACGCAUGUGCAGCAAGACGUGUCGUUGACCUCCGAGCUGUUGAUCAGUUGCUGAUGACGACGCGCUAAUCUCCACGGUGAUACAAGCUCUGUGUAACGUGCUAACAUUGGGAGGGAGCCUUCACAAGUUGCUGAACCGAGGAGAGACAUUGCACCCUGUUACAAAGGACGUGGUCGGCGAACAGAAACGCUUACCACGCUCAUAAUCCUCAUACAUACAUCAAGUUCGUAAAGAACUAGGACGCUUCUUCACCUUAUUGUCCUCGGGUUCGGAGUCUCAUUGGUGUGCGGCGCAUCGAUUCGCAUUGUAAGUCCAUCGCUGCUAUUAACAAGGCGAUAGAUAUUAUGCGAUUUCUCCACGAUCACGAAGUGAGGAAGUCGAAGUAAAGAGCCACGAGUUGCAAAUUCGAAAUCUUUUUUGGCGCGAACGAAACGCACCAGAACGUGUUUUUCCAUCAAGCGAAGACGCGCCUCUAGCACCAGUACCAACAGCGAAUUCCAGCACUAGUACCGGCUUGUAUCAGCACGAACACCAAUCCUACUGUAGCAGCAGAACUGUAGUACUAGCAAGACUAGAGAGUCUUCUCACUCAGGGAGAGAAACAGACCGUCGCCAAGAUGUACGUCGUUAAGCGUGAUGGGACGCGGGAGAAGGUCGCGUUUGACAAGAUCACGCAGAGGCUACAGAAACUGUGUUUCGGCCUCAACAGGGAGUACUUGGUACCUGAAAAGAUAGCACAGAAGGUUGUAGAGGGUGUCUACGAUGGCGUGCACACCUGGGAUCUUGACAACUUAGCCGCAGAGACUUGCGCCUACAUGAGUCAAAUGCAUCCUGACUUCUCCCUUCUCGCAGCCAGAAUAGCGAUAUCAAACCUGCAGAAAAUGACGAGUCCAAGGUACAAGAACUAUGCGAAGGGUUCACGUCCUAGUUCUGAUUCUGUACGGAGUUGUCGUCCUUGUUCUUGAUACAACAACAUGCAUAUUACUGAUACGUUGUAAGUAAGUAGAUGUUUCUGUGUGUUUAUUGUAGUUCUAGUUUGUUAUGGUCAUUUUCAAUCUUGAAUGCCUCGUCCUCUUCAGUUUCGAGCAAACAUGCAAAAGCUUGUAUUAUUAUGCGGAUGAGUCGGGACGCGACUGCGCACUCUUGUCCAAACGUUAUUUCGACUUCUGUUCGGAGCACUUUGAUAAGAUUCAAGAGGCUCUCAAAUACGAGCGCGAUUUUACAUACGACUAUUUUGGAUUUAAGACGUUGGAGAGAAGCUAUCUCCUCAGGGUACCAUGUACUUAUUUGAUGUAUUUUUCAUUUUACUAAUUCUCGUCGUACUCGUAAUCCUUGAUGUAUCAUGUUCUUGCUCUUCUUGGCUGAAAAUGUCGUUUUCUUCAACUUGUACUAGGAAGUGAAGACACAGAACUUCUGGUUCAUCUGGCUCUGGUGAUUGCGCAGCGUUUGACUGCAACGUUCUUUGGUCUCAAAAACUACAUCAGGUAGAGGGAAAAAUCGUGGAGAGGCCACAGCAUAUGAUUAUGCGAUGCGCGUUAGGAAUCCAUAUGGACGAUAUCGACGCAGCACUCGAAACAUACGACUGGAUGAGUCAGAAGUUCUUCACGCACGCGACACCUACGCUUUUCAAUGCAGGUUUAAUCUACGUUUUGAAGGAAAAGCUAUGUAAAAAUCUUCUGGAAACACAACAUGGUGCUGGUGGAAGAUAUGUCGAUCAAAUACUCUCAACAUCACGACUCCGCGGAAAAUAAUUGAACACGGAUUUUGAUUUUCAUCAAUCUUGAAAAUUGAUUUCCUCACAAAAAUAUGUAUCUGUCGCAUCCUCCACAGGCACACCGAAAAAUCAGAUGAGCAGUUGCUUCUUGCUCAGUAUGGUGGACGACAGCAUCGACGGAAUAUAUGACACGCUGAAGCGCUGUGCAAAAAUCUCGAAGUCGGCAGGCGGAAUCGGUGUGGCAAUAUCAAACGUUCGCGCUUCGGGCAGUUAUAUCCGCGGCACAAACGGGUACAGCAACGGCUUAGUGCCGAUGCUUCGAGUAUUCAACGACACAGCCCGCUAUGUCGACCAGGGCGGUGGUCGACGAAAGGGAGCGUUUGCUAUUUAUGGUUUCCGACUUCUAGUACUAAUGUAGUUUAUCAGAGUAGUUCUAGUUCAUAAUUGCACGCAUGGAGUAGCAUGGAGAACAUGGAGCGCAGAUCCAUAAGGAGCGCAAGAAGCGCCUCCUUGAGCUCCAUGCAACUCCAUGCGAUCCAUGCACUCCAUGCCAUGCGAGCCGGCGAAGCUUAUCGAUUACUCUGCUGCCCUCUAUGUAUAUCGCCUCACGUCGAGCGCGUCAACGUCCCAACUCCAAGGAGUCCUUGACAACGUUCUGGAAUCCACCUCCCUUGUUCCACUCCCGUCUGGUCUUAACGCCUAGCACCAACUUCUAAGACAAGUAUUUAGAGCCAUGGCAUGGGGACGUGUUCGAUUUCUUAGAGCUGAAAAAGAACCACGGGAAGGAGGAAGCGCGAGCCCGAGAUCUUUUCUACGCUCUUUGGAUUCCAGACCUGUUCAUGAAACGUGUGAUGGCCAACGGCGAAUGGACUCUAUUUUGUCCGGAUGAAACCCGUGAUUCGAACGGAAAAACACUCCAAGACCUUUGGGGAGACGAGUUUGAAGCAAGAUACGAAGAGCUUGAAAAAGCAGGUACUACUGUAGCAUUUAGAUUUUCACGGCAUAUUACGUCUACGAGUACGAUUACCACAGGUACUAGAUAGAGGAGUUCUACUUAAUCUAGCGAAGUUUUAUUCCAUGAUCCUCUGUUGCUGUUGCAACGGGACAUCUUGUAAUUUAUGUUUAUCUACUUGAGUGGAAGUUCUUCUUCAUCUUUUUCUAAAAUAAUAGUAAGAGGACGUCCACCUAAAUAACCUACUUCAUAUACCACCAGGCAAAGGGAAGAAAACAGUGCAGGCGCAGUACUUGUGGAACAAAAUUUUGGAGUCUCAGAUGGAGACCGGGGUGCCGUACAUGUGCUACAAGGAUGCGGCGAACCGAAAAAGCAAUCAGCAGAACCUGGGAACGAUUCGGUGCAGCAAUCUAUGUACUGAGAUUUUCGAGUACACCAGUCCUGACGAGGUCGCAGUGUGCAAUCUUGCCAGCAUCGCCCUAAAUAUGUUCACGCUAGAGGACGUCCCAACAACAGAGCCUUUGCGGAAGCGCUACGAUUUCGUCAAGCUGAAAAUGAUCAGUAAAAUGGUCACGCGAAACUUGAACAAGGUGAUAGACGUGAACUAUUACCCAGUGAAAGAAGCUGAGAACAGCAACAGGAGGCACAGACCGAUUGGUAUCGGAGUGCAAGGGCUCGCAGACACGUUUAUGAAACUCAAGUACUCCUCUAUGAUAUAUCAAGAAUCUACUCGUACUUGUUAUGUAUCGAGUUGAUUGUUGUAAUCGAUAUUUGGUUCUCUUCGAUCCUGCUCCACCUACGAGAUGAUACAAACAAAAAGAAAAACGCUUUCAUCCCUACUUGGAAAAAUCUACAGGCUCCCCUUCGAGUCGGAGGAGGCUCGGGAAUUGAAUAAGCUGAUUUUCGAGACCAUUUAUUUUGGCGCUUGCGAGGCAUCGAUGGAGCUGGCGGGGAAGCAUGGGCCUUACGAAUCUUGGGUUGGCAGUCCUGCCUCCAAAGGCCAGCUGCAGUACGAUUUGUGGAACGUUACGCCGACGGAUCUCCAUGACUGGUCAACUUUGAAGGACUCCAUUGCGAAGCACGGUAUGCGAAACUCCCUUCUGCUCGCGCCGAUGCCGACGGCUUCGACGGCGCAGAUCUUGGGCAACAAUGAAAGUUUCGAACCCUACACGCAGAACAUCUACGUCAGACGUGUGCUUAGCGGUGAGUUUGUGCAAGUGAAUAGGCACUUGCUAAAAGACCUGAUCGACCACGACCUCUGGAACCCGGAUAUGAAAACAAAGCUCAUCGCACACAACGGCAGCAUUCAGAGCAUCGACGAAAUACCAAGCAGCAUGAAGGAAAUGUACUGCACCAUCGUGAUAUAUCUUCGUGUUUUUGCUUCAGGUUUUUUUCGUUUUUUGUGAAUUGAGCUAUUUUUAGCCAAAGUCCACCAAGAACAAGUCAACAUGUUGACCUAGCAAUUGUUUGGAAAGCUGGCAUAUUCCGUGUACCUCUUCUAUUCUUGUUUGAGAAAACCACGCAUCAUUCAGAUACAAAACUGUCUGGGAAAUCAAGCAGAAGCGGAUACUGGAAUUGGCAGCUGACCGCGGUGCUUUCAUUGAUCAGUCGCAGAGUUUGAAUAUUCAUAUGACGAAUUGCACGACACAAAAGCUGAGCAGUAUGCAUUUCUACGGUUGGAAGCUUGGCUUGAAGACGGGCCAGUAUUACUUGCGAACCAAGGCAGCGGUCGAGGCGAUCAAGUUCACAGUCGAUACAGCAGACACAAAAAAAGCCCAGGAACGUCUCAAAGCGGAGCAAGAGUCCAAAUCCAAAUACGAGUGUGUGGCGUGCGGAUCAUAA